AUGUCAAGGUCGGGCCAGCACGGGGAGCCGCCGACAGUGACGGCGGUGGUACGAGGACAGGGGGAGCUGAUCGGGCUGCUGAAGGCAACCGGAUGCGACAUGGACGAGCGGACGGAGGACGGGAGGACAGGGCUGCAUGUAGCGGGGAUGCUGGGGAGGGCGGGGAGCGUGAGGGAGCUGAUCGAGGCAGGAGCAGAGGUAGGAGCGAAGGACGUAGAAAGGAAGACGUUGGUACACUGGGCGGCAGAGUAUGGGCACAUGGAGGUGCUG